AAUUUUUUUUCUUUAUUUCAUUGGUAAGUCUUUGCUUAUUGAUGCAUGCAACAAUAUCAUGGUGUGCAGAAUUAUGAUCUGUUUGAUUUUGAAGGGUGAACUGCUAGAAAGUACUACUGUGGGAGAUAUGGCUCAUAAACCUGCAUACUUUGUGCCCGAUUCAAUGUCAGUCUGGAAUCUCCUUAGAGAGUUUCGAAUCAUGAAGGUUCACAUGGCUGUUGUUCUUAAUGAAUAUGGUGGAACAAUUGGGAUAGUCACCUUGGAAGAUGUGGUUGAGGAGAUUGUCGGUGAAAUUUUCGAUGAAAAUGAUUCAAAAGAGGAGAUCCAGAAGAAAACCGGCUAUAUCGUAAUGCGAGCAGAGGGUAUCUUUGAUGUUGAUCCUAAUACAUCUAUUGACCAACUUUCCGAAGAUCUAAACACCUCGUGCAUAAAUUUCAUUUUAUUUGAACAUCAAUACGAGACCAUAUCGGGUUUUGUAUGCGAGGCAUUUGGAUAUAUACCAAGGACGGAUGAGAGUGUCAAAGUAGUGCUUGAAAGGGGCAAUGAAGAAGAUGAUGAGAAUUCCGAAGCUGCACCUGAUCGCCAAGAUCUGAAGGAAAGGCAUCAAAUAUAUAAACUUGAGAUAUUAGCGGGAAAUGCCCGAAAAGUUAGUGCUGUUCGAUUCGAACAGAUAAACAACGAAGAAGAACUAUUAGAUCCCACAACACUAACUCCGAUGGUUCUGAAAAUCGUGAAGAAGAAAUGGAGCAGUGAUGAAGACUCGAAUAAUGGUGAUCGGGAUGAAGAUACAUUUGAAAAAGAGCAACAGGAUGACCUCUCGGAUGAUCAUUAUGUAAUUGCUGAUCAUAAAGAGGAUAAUGAGAGCCCCAAUGGUCAUGGAUCUUCAAAGAAAUUGGUAAGAGCCUCUGCAGCAUUAUCCCACAGCUCCCCCGGAUGUCAUGUAACAAUUCCGAGCAGACAAGGACAGCCCCUGAUUCGUUUAGUGCUUCGUGAUCUUCCUGAUUAUAGCUCUGCGGAGCAAUAG